GCGUAUGAACACUAAUUAUAUUAAUUUUUCAAUUAGCAAAAUGUGUUAAGUAGUCGGUGUAAGUGUAGUGUUGUGAUUUAGGUGCGUGUUUUGUGUGAUUUUGGCAUGUGUGUUGUGGAAUUUAGUGAAUACAAAGUGUUCAUAGACAGGUGUUGUCUUUAGCUUCUACAUGACACUGCUCCAAAUUAAGUAUUUAAGGCUGAGUGUUUCCCAAAUAAAAGUGUGAUGUCAAAUCGAUUAACUACUGGAAUUAUCUCACAUUGUAUAAAAACGAAAUGCAGAGUCGGCUGUUGAGGCGGCAUGGCCAGCCCGGCCGUCCAUGCGAGCGGCGCCCCAGGGCCGGCCGGUAGUCAGCAACAUCAACUGCAAAUCCAGCAACAGACUGAUCAGGAUAUUUCUGAUCAGCAACAGCAUUUAGCAUCAGCCGGACAACCUCCGCAAUUGCAACAGAUCCGAGGAGCUCCCGUACCUGACGGAUGGCGAAGGCUGUUGCAUAAUGGCGAGAUUGUCUACUUCAGUCCCAGUGGCGUUUCGCUGGUGUCGUUGUCCCACGUGCGCGGUUACUUGCUCACCACCGGCACGUGCAAAUGUGGUCUAGAUUGCCCUCUUAAGCCCGAGCUCGUGUUUGACUUUGAUCCGAAGACGCCAAGCAUACCUUGGCCAAGCACUUUGACGUCACGAGCUAGUGUUUGCCUUCAUAAGCGCAAGUCGCCUUCCGAUAUGAUGGCAGCAAACAAGGAUGUGGGUGCUAAGCGGAGAAAACGAUCUACCGAAGACUGGUCCAAUAAUACAAUGACUAUUAAUGCCAACCCCGCAUUAAUAAAUCAGGAACAAGCUGUGAUGAACAAUCAUAUGCAGCAACAGCCGCAAAUGGCUCAACAAAUGUUAGCGCAGCAGCAACAGAAUAUGAUACCAUCAAUGAAUCAAAUCAACGUCCACCAACAACAGAAUUCGCAAAUGGUAGUCCAACAGAAUGACCAAAUUGCGCAGCAUACAUUAUCGCAACAACAACAGCAAAUUUCGCACAUGUCUAAUCAGCAACAAAUGCCUCAUAUGACACAACAGCAACAGCAACAACUUUAUAUUCAACAUGAACAACAAAGGCAGCUACAACAUCAAAUUCACCAACAUUUACAGCAACAACAAAAUAUUCAUCAAAGUAAUACAAUGCGACUUCAACAUCAACAUAUGCAAUCAAAUAUAGGUUACACCCCACAACAAUCGACCGGAUAUCAUCAACAAACUGGAGAGUCUAUUGAUUACCAGCCACAGUUGCCGCAAUCUGAAAGUAUACAAAAUAUUUCUUCAGCACAGCAUUUGUCACUGCAACAAAUGCAACCACAAAUGAGUGUGCAAUCUCAAACUAUGCCAAUGCAACAUGCUAACCAGAAGCAACAACAAAGUACACAACAGCAAAUUGAAGUACAUAAUAAUAAUGAUUCAGCUAUGAUGCAACAGCAAUCUGAUCAACAUUGCAUGUUGCAACAAAACGUACAUUUAUCAGAACAAGAACAUAUGGUGCAAAAUAAUUCGCAUAUGCAGCAAAUGCAACAUCAUAUUCGACAACAACAGCAGCUGCGACAACAAUUUGUACACGAGCAACAGCUUGUUCAUCAACAACAGCAAAAUCAACAAUUACAGCAUCAACAACAAAACUUUCACCAGCAAGAUAAUCAACUGCAACAGCAAAAUCAGGCUCAACACCUAAAUCAAAUGCAACAACAAAACCAUGUGCAACAACAAAAUCAAAUACAGCAACAGAAUCAUAUGCAUCAAUAUAGUCAAAUGCAGCAUCAAAAUGUUUUACAGCAGAAUCAAAUUUUACAGUCCGGUAAUUUAGCUCAGCAAGCAAAUAGUAGUGGUUCGCAUCUCGAGGAUUCAGACAUUCAACUUCAAACAGAUACUGUUAGUCAUUGUGAUACCAUUACUCAACAUAACCCUAACUCUAUUAGCCAACACAGUAAUGCACAUCAAAAUAAUUCACAGAGGCAGCAACGAUUUUUACAAAACCAUUGCUUACAACAGCAGCAGCAGAUACAACACAGGCUCCAACAACAAAUUUUAAAUUCCAAUAUAUCACCAUCGCCAUUGAUGAAAAUUGAAAAUGUACAGACUCAGAGCACACAAAAUCAACAGCAACAUAGUGUUCACGAAAAAGAGUCAAUACAAAAUUCAGUUAGAACUCCUACUCAACCUCCUUGGAAGCAGAAUCAACAAAGGAUACUCAGUAGCAAUGAGCGUGUCCCUCCGAUACAGCAACAUAUACAAUUCCAACAACAGUCGCAAGCACAAUCUGUUAAUUGGACAAACCAGGUUUCAAUUACUGAAAAUAAAAAGAAACAGGCACCUUCUCGAAAAGCCAAGAAGCCACGUAAUACUAUAAAUGUAUGUCCAAACGUUGAUGUACGUGAUAUGCAAUCUCAAGAUCCGUACAGAACACCAUCUUUUAUGGAAGACCCAACUGGAUAUUUAGCUCAGCAAACAGCUUUGUUAAAUAAUACCAUGCAUAGGCAGCAACUAGAAAAUUCUAUUUGUGACAGGAUAGAUGAUAGUCCUAGUUCGCAAGAUUCUAAUAAUUCUUUGGCCCAGUUCACGAGGCAUAUUCAAAAGUCCUCGACACCUGCCUUAAACCAGCAACUGAAUAACCAAAAUAAUUCCCAUAAUCAAGAAAUUAAACUUUCAAAUGCUGCUGUUAUGCAUAAAGCAGUACUAAACGCUCAAAUUUUGCAAAACUGCCGCUCUUGCAGUAGUAGUGAAGAAGAAAAUGGUUCUGGAAAUAGUGAAGACGGCAGUUUUCAUGUUCAUACUUUACCCAAAAAUAUGGAUUUUAUGGAGGCUAUAACAGUUAAGGAAGAAGAUCCUGUAACAUCUAGCACAUUUAGUACAGCAACACCAAUGGAUAGUGUUGCUUCUCCAGAUUGCAAUAGUAAGGGACCUAUUCAAGGUGGUACCGUAUCUACGAGUCAUAAAUCGCCACCAGAACUGAUGCCUUCUCCUUCGCCAACGCCAUCCUUGAGUUCUAGGGGAUCCGAUACUCCAAGUAGUGAUCGAUCACCAAAUCCUAAUUUGCAAAAUGAUAUAAAUAUCGGAUAUACCGUAACGACAUCGUGCUAUGCACCGAGCCCUGUUACUUUAAGUAAGCAAUCUAUACCUAGUUCUGCAACAAAAUUACAUCCGGUUAUGGCUGCUGGAAGUACAGUCGCUAGGAAUACUAUAACAUCGGUUUUAGCUGGUCGUGCACAAACCGCUACUACAUCUGUAAGUGGAAAUUCUUCGCCAGUACAAAAUCAACUGCAGCCAAAUCAAGUAUUCAACCAAAAUAAUAGUACAAGAUUAGUUCAAAGCGGAAAUCUUACUCUGGGAAAUAUUCAAAUCAAUUCAUCGAAUAAUUCUCAAUCUAUUAACAGCAAUAGUAAUGUGCAAGUGCUAGGGAACGCCACCCAAUUUACUAAUGGUGGUAUUCAGAUGACAAGAUUGCCAUCAGGUAAUAUUCAAUUUGUGCAGAAUAUACCUAUUCAAAACAAUCAAUCAGGAACGAAUACAGUUGUUCAGCAAGCUGGUCUUGUUCAUAAUGCCUUGGGAGGCAUUAAUAUUCAAAAUCAAACUCUAGUGAAUAAUAAUGGGGGGCAAAUUGUGUCCCAACAGUUAGCUGCUCAGCAAAAUAUUCAAUCACAACAGCAAAAUGGAACGCCCAAUGCAGCUCAUCAACAACAAAAUAUCAUACACAAUUUGCAAACUAAUAAUCAGCAAUUAUUGCAAACUGCAAAAGUACCACAAAACUACAAUUCUGGCCAUAUAUUAGUCUCUUCUGGUGGUCAAAUCUUGAUGAGUGGUAACUUUCCAGGCACUAGUCUCAUGCCACCACCUGCUCCGAAAAGUAUUAUUGUCGGCAGCAAUGGAAUGAUUCAGAACACUAGUAGUAAUGUUCAAAUCAUGAAUGGUAGCGGAAAUAUUGUUGGUAAUACCGUGAUAGCAAAUAACGCGCCAAAUAAUGUACUGGUAGCUAGCAGUAACACUUCUGGUAACAAUCUUCUUGUAACAAAUCAAGGAAAUCUGGCAAAUGCAAAUUUAAAUAAUGCAGGUGUUAUAAUAGGAAGCAAUCAAAACAUUGUAUCAAAUCAAGGAAUUUUGAGUAAUGGACAGAGUUUAAACGCUCAACUUCAAAACGGUAACACUGCAAUUCAGAAUCCAAAUGUUGUUCAAGGAAUGGUAGGGAAUAACGGUAGUAACGUUGUGAUAGGUGGCUCAAACUUGUUGCAAAAUAAUCAAAAUCUUGUUACAAAUAAUGGAGGAGUAUUGCAAAAUAGUACUGGAAUGCUUGGGCAACAGACCGUUUUAGUCAACGCUAUGCCCGGUCCAUUUGUAUUGCAACAAGGAUUCACUACAGUAGAUGGCACACAUAUAGUUGGUAAUGUGAUUCAUCAGCAACCGGUUGUCGAUCAGGAUGUUUUACGAAAUUCAAAUAAUAACCAAUUUACAACUCGAGCUAAUGUUUUAUCUCCAGAAUCAAAACGAAAGGCUAAAAAGCGUAAACCAACGAGUCAAUUGCAGUCACAACAAGCAACGCAGCAACAGCAACCUGUUCCGUCGAUGGUGCAAAUACAACAAAAUGUCUCAUCACAGUUCACACCGCAAGGUUUUCAAUUAUCUCCAGGAAUCGGCGGUCUUACUUUAGUUAGUAAUAAAUCUGCUCCAUCACAAAUUUUAGUUAAUAAUCAAGGUACCACUCAAAAUUCUUUUCAAACUCCGCAUAUUAAUCUUUUACAACCAUUAAAUAUUUUGGGACCAACAGUACAGCAAUUGAUUAUGCCUCAAUUGGUAAUGACUCAAGAUGCCGGUAUUUUACAAGAUGCUACUUCUGUGCCUUUACAACUGCAAAUUCAAAAUGUCAAUGGUCAAAAUAUGAUAACGCCUUGCCAAAGUAUUUUGACGACAGGUCCUGGUGGGGGUGUAAUUUUAAGAGCACCUAAUCCACAAGCUAAGAAUUUUAUAUCUCCCGGCGGAGGACAGUUCAUAGUGCAAAAUGGCCAAGUCAGUCCUUUAGUGACAAAUGUUAGCCCUGGGCAAAAUGUUAAUUUAUAUGGAGGUUCUGUUGGUGUUGUUGUUCCUACGCAAUCUGGAAGUGUUCAGCAACAGAACAAUACCCAGACAUUUGUUCAGCAGAAUACCACUAUAGUUCAACAACAGACUACUAUGAUGAGUAAUAAUAAUUCAUCAACCGGCAAUGACCAGAACGUUAACACAGCCGGAGCAAACAAUUCAUCGCAAUUUCUUUUACAAUCUGUUAAUAACAGUCAGAUGAUGGAAUCUGGAAAUGCCAUAGCCAAUCAACAAAAUACCCAAAGGCAGCAACAGCAAUCAAAUUUUAUAAUUCCAGUCACUAACGGAGAAAGCACAUCAACCGUACGACAUAAAUACAACGUUGUUCAAACUGUAAAUACAAAUCAUCAUGUUGAGCAAAACACUGUAACAAAUUUGCAAUCACAAAAUCAACAUGGAGCUCAACAACAACAGUUUGUAAUUCAGCAGCAACAACAGCAACAACAUCAAAAUAGCGUAACGAUAGAUAAUAAUGGAACCCAGUAUCUUGUACAACAAUCGCCUCAGCAAAAUAAUAAUCAACAAAUGCAACAGCACCUUCAACUGCAACAAAGUCAUAUCCAUACACAACAAAUCAAUCAACAACCAGUGCAGCAACAGAAUGUGCAACAACUAAACUUUCAAGAUCAAAAUCAUCAGCUUCAAAAUCAGCAUCAGCAGAAUACGCAACACAACAGACCGCAGGGUAGUGAGCAUCAACAACAACAGCAUCAGUUUAUGUUUCAUGCUGUAAAAAAUCAACAGCAAUUAAAUUGCGACAAUGGAAUGAACAUUUCUUCCGUUUCGACACAAACAGCAGGACAACAGAAUCAGCAGCAGCAGCAAAUUUCAAGUUUGCCACCUCCUGAUACGACUACACAUUCACCUAGAAGUCCUGAUAGGCCGCUUACCCCGCAGGGAUUUAAUGAUCGACAUGCAAUGGCUAUGGUACAUUGCAUAACUAGUUCUGAGCCAGAUUCUGUAGUUUCGCCUAGUGCUGAUGGAGGAAAUUCUCCUGAAGACUUUUGUGAGCAAUCUCAAAGAGGAAAUAUGUAUGUUCGCAAUGCUAAGUCAAUAAGUUAUCAGACUGAAUUAAAACUCCGGCACACGCAAUGUAAUCAAAUGCAGUUUAGUAACAAUAUGAUGAAUCACGGAAUUCAACACAAGAUUGAAUCUAAUGCGGAAAACACAAGCAGAGAGCUGGACAUAAAGAAAAACCAGGAAUUAACCUCCAUCAGCUGCGUUAAGGUAACUUCUCCGCAAUCCUCGAACCUGCAAGUGGGGGACCUGGUUUGGGGUUCUGCACGCGGUUUUCCAGCAUGGCCUGGAAAAAUAAUAGAACCGCCUUCGGAUAAUAAUAUUGAUGUCCAGCCUAAAGAUGCUGUUUGGGUUCGUUGGUAUGGCGGCAGACGCGCUGUGGAAUUGGUUUCGCGGACUUCUUUGCAGAGUUUAUCUGAAGGGCUGGAUGCCCAUCACAGUGCAAGGAGAGCUGCUAGGAAAAGCAGAAAACUGAAUACUCAACUAGAAAACGCGAUUCAAGAAGCCAUGGCAGAAUUGGAUCAUAUGCCUAUAAGUAAUAAAUCCAUAUGCAAAGAUCAGCAUCAAAUACAACAGCAGAGAGUUCAGCCGAAACCAACGAUACGAUCAUCAAAAUUAACGCAGCCCAAUGCGGCCCGCCAGAUUUCAAAGACACCGGUUAAAAUAGCACCGCAUCCUGUAAAAAUGACAGUCAAUAAUAACUUGGCAAUUACUAGUGUGGGGGGUAUAGUUUCGAACAAUAAUAGUGUAACUUCAAUAGUGCAGUCAAGCAUUAAUAAUAACAACAAAUCGCAUUUAAAAGCGGAAGAUUGUGUGACUGCUAGAUUAAGAUCAUCGGCAAAUAAUAAUAACAAUAAUCAACGAUGACAUCAACCUAAUUCUUUAGUUUUCUACAUUAUGUCCAAUACUUUCUUUAAUCAGAAGUAGAGUGAUAAGAGAUUUGAAUAAUUUAGAUUUGUGGACUUU